AUGACGAAGCUCUGUUGGAGUGGCAUGGGGAUAGGGGGACCCUAGUCACUUACACACAUGAGCUCCAGUCAAAGGGAUCACUCACUGGUGCUGGCUGCCCACAUGAUCAGCCACAGCAGCCUGCCACCCUCAAACACUCUUAAUCAAAAGCCCAUGAUGACAGGUCAAGCUAGGGAGACUAAGUAGACCCCCCUUGAUUCUGUGAUCAAAUUGUAACAUACGUUUUCGAUUAAUCUGAUUAGUAAUGGUACCUUUUCUCUCACCUUCUUCCAUAGAUUGUUUGCCGCCAAGUGCAGCGGAUGCCUGGAGAAGAUCGCCCCCACAGAGUUUGUGAUGCGUGCUCUGGAGUGUGUAUACCACCUCAACUGCUUCUCCUGCUGUGUGUGUGACCGGCAGCUGAGGAAAGGGGAUGAGUUUGUCCUGAAGGAGGGCCAGCUGCUGUGUAAGAGUGACUAUGAGAAGGAGAAGGACCUGCUCAGUUCUGUCAGCCCGGACGACUCCGACUCAGGUAAGACCAAAUCCUAUCGCAGUCAGUACAGUACAGUACACACAGAAACAGAAGAAUGCACACUCACACUCACUCAAACACAGAAAAGUACAAAACCAUAUUCUGGGUGAGACCCACAUUUUGAGUGAUUUUAUUCAUUCAUUCAUUCAUUUUAUUCUAUGAAAAAUUGAUAUUACGGGCAGGGAGCAGAAGUUUAUAGGGCUAGGAAGUGGAAGCUGUGAUGAGGUGGUGUUGAAGAAGUCAGGUGCAGGAGGGUAAAUCACAGAAUAACAGGCUUUAAUCUGCAAAAUACAGGAUUAUGCAGAAAUGCGUCAAACACACUCCAGGGCACAAAACAGGCGCACUGGAAAAUACAAGGCACACUGGAAAAUACUCCCGUCGAUCCACAAUACACGAGCUCCACCGAGCUUCACAAACCUCCACAAUAAACAAUCACCCACACAGACAAGGAAACAGAGGGAACACUUAUACCAGGACUAAUGAGGGAAUAAGGACAAGGUGUGUGUGAUUGAAGACAAGACAAAUGGAGUGAUGAUAAAUGGAUCAGCAGUAGCUAGUAAGCCGGUGACGCCGAACGCCGAAACCUGCCCGAACAAGGAGGGGAGGCAGCCUUGGCGGAAGUCGUGACAGUACCCCCCCCUUGACACGCGGCUCCAGCAGCGCGCCGACCCCGGCCUCGUGGAUGGCCAGGAGGACGCGGAGCAGGGCGAGCCGGAUGGCGACGGUGGAAAUCCCGUAACAUGGAGGGAUCGAGGAUAUCCCUCACCGGAACCCAGCACCGUUCCUCCGGACCAUACCCCUCCCACUCCACGAGGUACUGAAGGCCCCCCACCCGACGCCUCGAAUCCAGGAUGGAACGGACAGAGUACGCCGGGGCCCCCUCGGUGUCCAGAGGAGGUGGAGGGACCUCCUGCUCCUCAGCCUCCUGGAGCGGACCAGCUACCACCGGCCUGAGGAGAGACACAUGAAACGAGGGGUUAAUACGGUAAUCAGGGGGAAGUAAUAACCUAUAAGUGACCUCGUUGACUCUCCUCAGGACUUUGAAUGGCCCCACAAACCGUGGGCUCAGCUUCCGGCAGGGCAGGCGGAGGGGCAGAUUCCGGGUCGAGAGCCAGACCCGAUCCCCCGGUACAAAGACGGGGGCCUCACUGCGGUGCCGGUCAGCGUUGGCCUUCUGACGACGCACGGCGCGUUGGAGGUGAACGUGGGCAGCAACCCACGUCUCCUCCGCGCGCCGAAACCAGUCAUCCACCGCAAGAGCCUCGGUCUGGCUCUGGUGCCACGGUGCCAGAACUGGUUGGUAACCUAGAAUACACCGGAAAGGCAUUAGGUUAGUGGAGGAGUGGCGGAGAGAGUUCUGGGCAUAUUCUGCCCAUUGCAAGAACACCGACCACUCCCCCGGCCGGUCCUGGCAGUAGGACCGCAGGAACCUACCCACGUCCUGAUUUACCCGUUCCACCUGCCCAUUACUCUUGGGGUGGAACCCAGAGGUCAGGCUGACCGAGACCCCCAGACAUUCCAUGAACGCCUUCCAGACCUUGGACGUGAACUGGGGACGUCGGUCAGACACUAUAUCCUCUGGUACCCCGUAGUGCCGGAAGACAUGUGUAAACAGGGCCUCCGCAGUUUUCAGAGCCGUGGGGAGACCGGGCAGAGGAAGGAGGCGGCAGGCUUUAGAAAAGCGGUCCACAACAACCAGGAUGGUGGUGUUACCUUGGGAGAGGGGAAGAUCGGUUAGAAAAUCAACACUUAGGUGAGACCAUGGUCAUUGUGGAACUGGUAAAGGUUGUAACUUACCAGCUGGGAAGUGCCUAGGUGCCUUACUCUGGGCGCACACUGAGCAGGAGGAGACAUACACCCUCACAUCCUUAGCCAAGGUAGGCCACCAGUAUUUUCCGGUCAGGCAGCGCACUGUACAGCCGAUACCUGGGUGACCAGAGGAGGGUGACGUGUGUGCCCAGUAGAUCAGACGAUCACGGAUAAGAGCAGGCAUGUACUGUAAGACAUCUGGACACUGAGAGGGAUCCGUGCGUAAUGCCUGCUCUAUAUCCGCGUCCAUCGCCCAUACUACCGGCGCCACAAUGCAGGAGGCUGGCAGUAUGGGAGUGUUGUCUCUGGGCCUCUCCUCUGUGUCAUACAACCGGGACAGCGCGUCUGCCUUCACGUUCUUCAUCCCCGGGAUGUAUGAUAGAGGGAAAUCAAACCGGGUGAAGAAUAGGGCCCACCUGGCCUGGCGAGGAUUCAGCCUCCUCGCUGCCCGGAUGUACUCCAGGUUACGGUGGUCCGUCUAGAGGAAAGGGUGUUUUGCCCCCUCGAGCCAAUGCCUCCACACGGUCAAGGCUCGGACAACAGCCAACAGCUCCCGAUCACCAAUGCCGUAGUUCUGCUCCACCGGGCUGAGCUUCAUCGAAAAGAACGCACAGGGGCGGAGCUAGGGUGGCGUACUCGAUCGUUGAGACAGGACAGCUCCUAUCCCAACCUCGGACGCAUCCACCUCCACUACGAACGGUAGUGAUGAAUCGGGGUGGGACAGUACUGGGGCUGACGUGAACAGACCCCGCAGUUUGCUGAAGGCCAGGUCAGCCUCCGCAGACCAGCGGAGCCGGGACGGCCCACCCUUCAACAGGGAGGUAAUGGGAGCUGCGACCUUGCCAAAGCCCCGGAUAAACCUCCGAUAAUAGUUGGCAAAGCCAAGGAAGCACUGCACCUCCUUAACCGUGGUUGGAGUCGGCCAAUUACGCACGGCUGAAAUGCGAUCUCCCUCCAUCUCCACACCUGAGGUGGAAAUGCGGUAUCCAAGGAAGGAGACGGACUGCUGGAAAAACAUACACUUCUCUGCCUUAGCAUAAAGGUCAUUUUCCAACAGUCACGCCAGCACCUUGCGAACCAGGGACACAUGCUCGGCGCGCGUAGCGGAAUACACCAGGAUGUCAUCGAUGUAGACCACUACACCGGGACCAAGCAUGUCCCGAAACACCUCGUUCACAAAGGACUGGAAAACUGAGGGAGCAUUCAUCAAACCAUAGGGCAUCACCAGGUAUUCAUAAUGCCCUGUGGUUGUGCUGAAUGCUGUCUUCCACUCAUCUCCCUCUCGGAUACGCACCAGGUUGUACGCACUCCUGAGAUCUAAUUUGGUGAAGAAGCGCGCCCUGUGCAUUGAUUCAAUCAGUGAAGGAAUGAGGGGGAGAGGAUAACUAAAUCUUAUUGUCUCCCUGUUCAGUGGUCGAUAAUCAAUGCACGGGCGCAGACCUCCGUCCUUCUUCUUCACAAAGAAGAAACUUGAGGAGGCGGGUGAAGUGGAGGGACGUUUAUACCCCUAGCGCAGGGACUCGUGACAUAUGUUUCCAUAGCCACCAUUUCAGCCUGUAACAGGGGAUAUACAUGACUCCUGGGAGGUACAGCGUCUACCCGGAGGUUUAUCGCGCAGUCCCCCGACUGAUGAGGUGGAUAAUUUAGUAGCCUGCGUUUUAGAGAACGCUUGCGCCAGAUCGAGGUAUUUAGGGGGAAUGCCCACGGUGGAGGUACUGUCUGGACUUUCCACCGUGGUUGCACCAACGGAAACACCUAGACACCUACCCUGACACUCUCACGACCACCCUGUGAGAACCCUCUGCGGCCAUGAGAAGGUGGGGUUGUGGAGUGCUAGCCAAGGGAUACCUAAUACCACAGGGAAAGCAGGAGACUCAAUAAUGGAAAAAGUAACCUGCUCACAAUGAGUCUCCUGGGUAAUCAUGGUGACUGGUGCAGUAACUUCCUUAACCAACCCGGACCCUAAUGGUCGACUAUCAAGUGCUCUGAUGGAGCGUGGAAUGGAUAGGGGAAUCAAUGGAAUGCCUAUAUGGUGUGCAAAUGCCCUGUCCAUAAAGUUCCCAGCUGCGCCUGAAUCGACUAGCGCCUUACACUGGGGAACAUCCAUGUGCUCAGGAAAGGAGAUAAGUAUUUUUACAGUGUGCAGCAGAGGGCUCUGAACGAGUGUGGGUGUUCGAUACCUGGGGUGAUGCGAGAGUGCCCUGCCUGCCGCCUCCAAACCCAGAAGAGCGUUGACGACAACGUGUGGUGAAAUGUCCCUUCGUGCCACCAGUGUGGCACUGGCGCUGUCGUCCUCCGCUCUCUCGGCUAGCGGUUCCACCCAUCUCCAUCGGUUCUGGAUCCGAGUCGGCCGGGAUGGAAACGGGCAGACCUCCUCCAGGACGUCCUAUGGUUGUCAGCAGGUUGUCCAAACGAAUGGCCAUGUCCACCAGUUGCGAGAAGGACAACAUGGUGUCACGGCAGGCUAGCUCCCGUCGGACAUCCUCUCGCAGAUGGCACCGGAACUGGUCAAUCAGGGCCCGCUCGUUCCACCCGCACCCAGCUGCCAGAGUUCUAAACUCCAAUGCAAAGUCCUGCGCAGUCCUCGUCCCCUGCCUCAGGUGGACCAGCCGCUUGCUCGCAUCUCGACCCUCAGGCGGGUGAUCAAAGAUCGCCGGGAAGAGGCGAGCGAACUCCCCGUAGUUCUCCAACGCGGCUCCUCCUUCAUUCCACACCGCAUUGGCCCACUACAGGGCUUUCCCCGAGAGGCAGGAGACGAGGGCGGACACCUUCUCCCGCUCCGAUGGAAACGGCCGGAUGCUGGAGAAGUAGAGCUCCAGUUGGAGAAGAAAUCCUUGGCACAGCGCCGCUGUCCUGUCGAACUCCCCUGGUCGGGAUAUCUGGAUCCCUCAAGGUGCUGGGGUGUAGGUGGGGGGAUCCGGUUGACCAGCUGCUCUCGACGGAUCGGGCUCUCUCCUCUCCAGGCGUUGGACGACAUGAAGAAGCUGACCCAUCGCUUCACCCAAGCUGGCUAGAAUAGUUGAAUGCUCCUGGACCCGUUCCACGACUCCAGGCAUGUGCGUCUCUCCCGCUGACUCCAUCAUCUCGGGUGGGUGAUUCUGUGAUGAGGUGGUGUUGAAGAAGUCAGGUGCAGGAGGGUAAAUCACAGAAUAACAGGCUUUAAUCCGCAAAAUACAGAUUUACACAGAAAUGUGUCAAACACACUCCAGGGCACAAAACAGGCGCACUGGAAAAUACAAGACACACGGGAAAAUACUCCCGUCGAUACACAAUACACGAGCUCCACCGAGCUUCACAAACCUCCACAAUAAACAAUCACCCACACAGACAAGGAAACAGAGGGAACACUUAUACCAUGACUAAUGAGGGAAUAAGGACCAGGUGUGUGUGAUUGAAGACAAGACAAAUGGAGUGAUGAUAAAUGGAUCGGCAGUAGCUAGUAAGCCGGUGAUGCCGAACGCCGAAACCUGCCCGAACAAGGAGGGGAGGCAGCCUCGGCGGAAGUCGUGACAGAAGCAGGGUAGACAAAAAGCCACUGUAUUAAUGGCUGUUGGGUCCUUGUGUCGGCGGGCAAUAAUGGAAAUAAUUAAAUCAGUGUAUCAUGGUGACUGACGGGAGGAUUUAGGGCCUUUCUGCAGAGGGCCGAGCGAAGGUCCUCUUAUCUUCUCCUCUGUACUCCUCGCCUCCUCUCCUCGCCUCCACACAAUGAGGCAUCUCGCCAAGCCUCACUGUUCAGUCCCAUCUGGCUCUCAUUUAAACACGCACACAAAGGCAGAGAAUUUGUCAAACGCAUCUGUCCUUGUCAACUUUUGUCAACUUAAAGGAAUAUUUGUUUUACUUCCACGCUUCGUUUUGCCCCAGUGUAUCACAUGGGCAUUCUUUUGGAGUGUCUAGAAAUUCAAGAUUUUACAUGAAUAGAGGUUAACCUCGGCAUUUACAGAAAAUAAAAUAUAGAAAUCAACUGGUGAAAUACAGUUUAGCCUACUACACCACACUAUUUACAGUAGAGAAUCAGAACCAGAUGACAGCAGACAGAACGACACCAUCAUGUAUGCAUCUCUAAGCCAUCACAGGAAGCCCACAUCAUUUGUUGCUUUAAUUGACAGUGCUGCUGCUUCUGAGAACACUGCCUUUCACUCACCCAGGCCUUGUAUUUUGUUAUGAAUGCAUUGGGGAUACAUUAUUUAACAUAGGAUUCUAUCAUUAUCUUUGUAAACUCAUGAAGUUUAGCAUUUUAAGUAUGAGUAUCAUUAUAUUAUGUACGCUGAUAUUGCUUGUUAGAUUAAUGAUCAAAUGUCCAUCACACUAUGUGAUGAUGAAGCCAUUUAGCUGUUUUAUUAAGAUGGCAUAUUAUGUGUGCCAAUAGAGAGACAGAAAGAUCCCUUUAUGGACACAUGCAAUUACAAUAGACAAUAACAAAACACAUCAGCUUUCCACCAUUUGGUAAGAACGUCUUAGAACUUUUUCCAAUUGUGUUAUUUAUGCAUAGCAUCUUUUUAGUAUUUUUGUCUGUUGGGACCCAAUGUGCAUUUUACUAUUAUUUUCAGGUUCUGAAAUAUAUAUUUUAUAUUUCCUAUGUUAUUUUGAAUUAAUUUCCCAUAUGUGCUCAUGCUGCCAUUUCAUGUUGUUGUGGAUCCGCUACGUAGGAUUCUUAUCAAAGAUUUAUUUGGUGUAACAGCCAACACUGAGUGUAAUUAAUUACCAAUGACACAAUAUAACAUUGUGCUUUUCUGGUAAGAACUAGUCUUCUGAAAAUCGUGCAUGUGGCCUAUUCGUUUUGUAAUAAAUUCAUAACAAACUAUUAAAACCGCAUGUGUCUCCUUUCAUUAUGGAUACCCUUGCGGAGUCAGAAUCUCUUGGAAUUGAAAAGAACAAAAAGCAUAUAUUUAUCAGUAGACUGUCAGGGAAGUUGUCAGCUCAAACCCAUACUGAUAUUUGUGAAAAAUGGCUGUAUCUCCAUGCAGAGAAAAGCGACGAUGAGGAUCUGGGGAUCAAGCAGGAGAAAGGCACGGAAGGCCAGGGGAAGGGAGAUGAUGGGAAGGACCCCAGAAGGCCCAAGCGACCCCGCACCAUUCUGAACACUCAGCAGAGACGAGCCUUCAAAGCCUCCUUCGAGGUGUCCUCCAAACCCUGCAGAAAGGUGAGACCUUCUCCUCUCCUCCACAUGACCUGGUCACCACCACCAGAGUUAAUCCCACUGUCUGCCUACUGAACACUCAACAGAGGUGAAAACUAACACUUUGUUUAACCUCCAGCACGAAGGAGGCUUGCUGCAGUUUGAGCACAAAAGUAGCUAUGAGGAACAAGUGUAUUUAGGCUACAGAGAAUGACCUGAAAGAAUGACCUACAUUGGGAACACUACUUGAAAUGUCUGCACGGCUACAGUAUACACAGUUUGAACUGAAAGCUGGCUUUUGUGAGAAGACAAGCAACAAAAUCAAUCUUCUAAGCUUUCUUUGAGGUGUUUCUGUAGUAUACGGUAGAUGCAAAUCCAAUACUAAUACUUCAUAAUAUCCCCCUGGACAGACUGACAUGUGGAGAAUUGGAGGAAUGCCAUGAGGCCUACGGUAGUUUUACAAAUAAAAUUCUCAAAUUUGAAAAAUCUCCAGCACCUCAGAGCGGUGCUUUGAAGUGGCUAGCAGCACUCUGGUCUUUGUUAACUGAGGUAGAGGGUAACGCAGCCCGCCUGCCCUGCGCCAAAUGACAUUCUGAGAGAGAAGAACUGCAUCCAUAGCGUAGGCCCUAAAAUAAUUCACUGCACCCACUCCAAAGCUUUGAAGAGGCAGGAACCAAGAGGUCCAAAAAGACUGCCACAAUCUGUACUGAAGUGUUUUCUUGUGUGAUGUUGAAAUGCGUUUGUGUUGACUGUUAAAGGUAAGGGAGACCCUGGCUGCUGAGACAGGCCUCAGUGUUCGUGUGGUGCAGGUGUGGUUUCAAAACCAGAGAGCCAAGGUGAGAGCACAACCACCCCAAAGGCAGUGUUAUUUGUGAGAAUGAUGUUAUUUGUUACUAAUCAACAGACCAAUGUAGUAAUAGCAAUGCAGUACACAUGGAUUGGCCGGAAUGGGCAAACAUUACAGUAUUACAGCUAACAAAUCACCACAGCUAUCAACAAUAAAUGUAACUAUUUCAUUGCAUUCCUUUUAGCUCUGUAAAGUUGAAGUGCAACGCAUUCAAAUCUACCUAAGUCAUACCUACACCCACCUCCUUUUUUGAUAUUAUCUUCAAAAGCCUUUGAUAACGAAGAUACGUGUUCCUGUAGUUCACUCAGGGGUGAGCAACAAGAGGCAUCGUUUUCCAAUGAAAAACAGCACGUUAGUUUGGGGAGUUACUUAAACGUCUCCUUUGUUUUAGAUGAAGAAGAUGGCAAGGAGGCAGCAGCAGCAACACGAACAACAGAAUACUCAAAGGCUUGGCCAAGGUACAGUACACUGUCUACAGUUUGGGUUGAAAUAGGCCAAUAACCACUGCCCCAGUAUAAUUUUCAAAAGAUUUUAGUCAUUUAGCAGACGCUCUUAUCCAGAGCGACUUACAGGAGCAAUUAGGGUUAAGUGCCUUGCUCAAGGGCACAUCAACAGAUUUUUCACCUAGUCGGCUCGGGGAUUAAAACCAGCGAUCUUUAGGUUACUGGCACAACGCUCUUAACCACUAAGCUACCUGCAGCUACUAGCUGUUUCAGAAGUUUAAAAACAGAUGUUACUGGUUCAGUAUUACCAUGGCUUUAGACAAUUAUUUUGCAUUUGACAUGGUGUUAAAAUUGUGAUCUGGGAUUAUCACAUAACAGAAAUAAAAAUGAUGAUUCAGCCAGUUAAACGCGCAGCAUGGCACUUCAAUGAGAAAUACAGAGGCAGGAUAAUCACAUACUGUAUACCACAGCUCUGUGUGACCACUCCAAAAGAUGGCAUUAAUUGAGGCAACAUGCAAACCCUUGGAGUAGAACGGUCGUAAUGGCUUCUGCUCAUGUGUGACCUCCCACGUAUUAGCCCUAGUUUCCACUGGUUUGUGGGGUGGAGGAGGCUAGCUAGCGUCUGUGGCCCCAGUCAGGCAUGGUAUAUGGGAGACCAUGUCAGCUGUGUGUGUGGGUGGGGAGAUUUACAAAUGAAACCCUGUUAAUCAGUCUUAUAUAUAAAAUGACCCAUCCUGUGUGAGUACUGUAGUGUGCAUGCUGUAGCCAGGUCAAACUCUCACGUUUCCAUUCAGACACUGCACUUCUGUAAUGAUGUCAUACAGGCUGUUCGUCAGGGUUAGAGCCACACCAACAAGUGUUCAGAGACAACCUUCUCAGAAUUCAAGACAAAUAAAAAUAUUGCACAUAACGCAUUGGCACUGUACCACACUGCGAGGAAGAAUCACUAGAGCAGUUGUAAAAUGUUCACAAAUCAUAUUAGAUUUUGAAUUUUAGAUGCAAUUGUGGUUAAUGGUAUGAUUCCAGGCACAGACAAAAGCUUAAUUGAAAACAGACACAUCCACUAUGGAGAAAGGAUUUGGUUUCACGAUAUUGUAAGAAAACACAAGAUAUAUAACAGUGAGGAGGAAGUAUCUACACAAAGUAUACACUAGACAUAAAAUUCACGAUUUAAGAGAUGUUGCAAACAGUAGAGAAAUAUAGUUGUACAAUCUAAAGCAGCUACCUUUCUUUACUGUGGAAAUCCCAAGGCUUACAUUUACAUUUUAUUACUCAACAGAUCUAGAAUAUUUAAUAUAUGUGCCUUUUGUCAAACUCUCUAGGGAAAGGCAAACAGUAUGCCCUGAAAUGCUGUUGCCCAAAAGUGCAUAUUGUGAAUACUGGAUAGGAUAGUAUUUGAGGAGAUAUAUGUAUUUUAGAUCACAAAAUCUACUGAGUACAGUUAACUUAAACAAGAAAGCAUUACAGCAGACAUAUGUGAUGGAAACUUCUGGAACCCAAAAUAAAUGAAUGACAGACAUCUUUUCACAAGGGCUCACCACUGUAAAGGAAUGUGCAGGGUGGUGGGCUCCAGUCUCAAACCCACAAGGGCUGUGUGUGCGUCCCACUCACCACUGAGUGAGUCAAGAGCUGCCUUCUUCAAGGGAAUGCUGGGAGAAUCUCCCUUGCCCACAGCAGAGCAGAGAGGGUUUCCAUGGAGACAGUGCUCAUGGUCUAGUUUCUGUAUUAGAUUUAGAGUUGAUGAUUUUCCUCCCAGGAGCACUGCUGAAAAAUGCAUGUAAAGGCCUCUUCCACAACAGUCUUCAUGUAAAGUCUUUCUCCACGUGGUUGGCUGUGUUACAGAGGUGAUGUCCAAUCGGAUGGAGGGCAUGAUGAACUCCUUCACGCCACUGGCCCCGCCCCAGCAGCAACUGGUUGCCAUGGAUCAGAAUGGCUACAGUACGGACCCCUUCCAGCAGGGCCUCACUCCCCCACAGAUGCCCGGAGACCACAUGAACCCAUAUGGUGAGCAUCCACCCCCCUACCCCCCUUCUCAACCUUGUAUGCUCACCAGUGUGGGACAUGUGUUCAGGCCACAGAGCCCUGGUUUAGGCUGCUCGCACAAAGUACAAGCAGCCCCCUUCCACAUGAGAUGACACAAACAUACUCACAGGCCACUGGUUUAUUUUGAAGUUCAUUUUAAAAUCAAUCCAGCAUAUUUUCUACUACCCCCUCCUCCUCCCACCCCACAAUCACUCAAUAUGUUCUCUCUGUCUGUGCAUGGGGUUUGGUGACAUGCAAUGCUAUGCUAUGUGACAGUUUGCAUUGCGGACAAUGUGAAGAGCUUUUAGAUAAUCCAAAGGGCUUGCGGUACAUUAUAAUCAAAACAAUGGUGAGCAUGAUGAGUGAAGUAAUGUGCCACGAUGCAAAAUAACCAUUGUAUGUGAUUAAUAUGUGACAAUGAGAGGGAUGCAAUUGCAAACAAAACAAAAAGGUUUAAAUCAAACUUGAAUCAGUUAUUUUAUUCUUCCAUUUAAUUUACACACUGUAUACGGGGUGAAACUGGUAGAAGACAAUUCUGAGCAGUGUCUCCAACCCCAUAAAGAUUGUUUACUAAACUUGAUAUCAUUUCUGAAAGCCUCCAUUUUGUGUCUUGCAAUUGCAACACCCAAAGUCCCAGUCUCAUCACACUCCCUCUGUUUUUAUGGGAUAAAUAGAGGGAAGGAUGAUAUUGCCAACACAUUAAAAGAUAUGUCUCUUCAUCACUCUGUCCCCAUCUUUUGUAACAGUGUCAUUAAAAUCUGGAGCGCAAUAAAGUUAACAAUUCCCACAAGGAAAUAAUAGGACGAGAAAUUAUGAGAUACGUAAACAUUUGCUAUUAAGCUCUUUUGGAUAGAUGCCUCUUGUUGACAUGUUCCUCUCAGAUCCAUAGUAACUGUCCCAGAAAGGGCAGGACAAAGCCUUAAGAGAGUUAUUGUCAAAACAGUUUUCAGAAUUACAAUGGCAUGUAAUAACAAUCAUUCAAAGUGGGCAUCAAGACUAACAAUUAUCAAUUUGCAAGACAGUUAUAAAUAUAUCAUAUUUAUUAUCAGUGCAAUUGGAAGUUGCAGUUUGCUUUUAUUCAAUGCCUCGUUUAUAGUAUUUUCUUUGACUGUAAAUUAUUAUGUUCUUGCAACUUAUUUUUCUCUUUCUCUUCUUUAUAGGUAAUGACUCAAUUUUCCAUGAUAUAGACAGUGACACAUCUUUAACCAGCCUCAGUGACUGCUUCAUGGCAUCUUCAGAAAUGAACAUGCAAGCACGUGUGGGACCCAUUGACCGACUCUAUUCCAUGCAGAACUCUUACUUUGCAUCAUGAAAGAACCACAUACAGAAAUUAUAUUAUGUAAUAUAGCAGAUCAUCCACAAACUCUGCUUCUCAACUUCCUCAACUGCCUCAUAUCAAGGAGUUUCCACACUGCUAUGGACAAGACAUAAGCAACGACCUCUUCCAAUGACUCCUGGAUCAUGUGCAGACAAUGGACUCAAUUAGAGAAAAAUAGUUUCUCGACAAUGGAGAUUCCCUGAAAAAAAUACUUUCUAGAGAUUAUUGGUAGCAUAUUUGUAUAUUACUUCCACAAAAGUUGCACACCUUUCUUUGUCCACAAAAAUAAAAUCAAUGGAGCCACUGAUUUCAAAAACUCAAACCAAAUACCACAGGCCCACCAGUUAUCAUAAUGCAUGACUUCAUAGUUUAAUCGUAUGACCAUAAAACUGAAAAACCCUUAAAAAAAAUCCUGUGAAUUGUUGAGAUGUGUCCUCUUUAUAAUGCAUUCAGCAUUAGCAUUUCGAUCACAUUGAUAGUUUUAGCCCUAAAGAGAAGAUAUGGUGUUCAUAGUAAAUAGACAGUGUGUUCAUAAGAGACAAUGUGGGUGUGUAUUUGAGAAAGAGUGUGUGAGAGACAUAAACAUUCAGAAAAAUAAAGAUGCAUUGUAGUGUCCGUUUGGUGUAAAUACUUUCCCAAGCAGAUUGGUUGUGCAUGUUAAAAUGGAAAUCAUUCUAUUUAUUUAACUAUAACAUGCUCUUGAAGGUACUUAUGAAUCUGAAAAGCUUUAUUUAAAAGGAGAACAUUUUGUUAUGUAAUUAGUGAGUAC